AUCAAUUUGUAAUUUUUUUUUAAAUGUGCAUGUUGGGAGAGUCGCGUUUAAAAUGCCCUAGUCGCACUUUUGACCAUGUCCUCUUUCACGCCAGGCGCACAAAGACCCCCAAAAUUGUGCAAACGUUGUCACGCUGACGUCAGCGAACAAUUAACACAAUCCUGAGUCCGAUGUGAACUUUGAGAAGUUCAAAUGGCGUGGAUCUAAUAGAAAAAUCGCCAAAAAUUUCUACUUGUCGGGACGAACUUUGAAAGUCAACUUUUCUCAAUAUAUCUUUCAGGGAUUGCAGCUUAUAAGAACAAAACCACUGGGCGAAGUUAAUAUCGCGGUAAAUAACUGUUUUGUGCAAAUCUAAGCGGAAUUUGUAUGUCAAAAACUUGUUGGAAACGCGCAAAUUUUUGUUUGAUUGUCAAACACUGUUUACAAAAGCAUCUUGUUUUGUACCGUUUUGCAUAUUGGUCGAAGUGAAGUUUUUGAGAAGUGAAUCGAAGUUUACACGUAUCUAUUUUCAAGUACGAAAAUUGAAACCCAUAUAAACCUGUAAUUCUAAAAUUUAAUACGCACAAAAGAAGUACACAUGGUGAUGCUCUGUAAUCAUUUUAUAAAUAUAGAUAAAGAGAGAGAGUCCGCAUUUAAAAUAUAAUGAACCAAAUAAUUCUGUACAUGCGCGUUUUCAUAAAGAACAAUCACGUGUCACUAAAACUGACAUGGAUAACUGUCUCACCUACACCACUGUCUCAGCAACACAAUUGUUAAUUUUUAUUACAUAAAAAAAACGAUGAAGAGCACAUAAUUAGCUUACUCGCAUGUGAUUAACCAUAUAAAAAGAAUUAUAAUCGGGGAAUUUACUAACUUUUAAAUUCAGUCGUGAAUUGCAAUGACUUAACAAACAGAGUAUGGCUGUUGUUAUGGAUACGAACAUUGACAGAAUUUCAACCAUUAUUGGCUUUCAUACAGAGAAGUCUGGGCACUAGUAAUGCGCGUGUAGGGUCAAACAUUUUAUAUUAGUAGCGCAGUCAGAAAAAUAAAAUAUAAAAAGGGGUUUGAUUUCUGGCUUUAGCUAUCUUUUUACAGAUAUAAGACUAAAUAUUGAUGAUGUCAUGUCAAAAUUAAAAAGUAUAUUUGUUAAUGGUUUAUGGACUUUGCUUUAUCCAAAAGACACAAAAUCUAUUAACAAAAAUGGUGGCUAUCCAUCAUGGUCAGCCUGGGUAAAGUGUCAAAAAAGAAAGAAAUGUUUUUGUUGGUACCAUUUGCUAGUUUUUAUUGUUGUCCUAAAUUAGUACUGCGACCAAUAGUUACUACCACUAUAUUGAGAGACUGUUGUAUUAAACAAAUGUGAAGGAAGCAUGACUAGCUAGAAUUUGACUAACUAAAGAAAGCUAGGUAGUUGUAGCUAGAUGAUGUAGCUGGUCGGCAGGGAUAGAGAAAAAAUCACCGCAUGUUGCAAAUAUUUUAGGCAUAUUAGUAUUACGUUAGCUGUUAGCGGCUUCAUCUACCUUAAUUUUCAAAUCCAUAAACAAAUUUAAAAAUCAAACACCUUCAAAAGAUUUCUACUGCAAAGUGUGAAUACCUUUUUUCGAAAUUCGUAUUGGACAAAGUACCGAUUUUGCUUCCAAAAUUCUUUAGCAACAGCAAAAAAAGUUCUGUAAAAAUUUCUUUUGCAAUUACAAUUGUAAUCCCAAACAAAAGUCAUUAAAAUUUGACUAAAUAAUUUCGGUUAGGAUGUAUUCAUAAAUUUAACCCUUUUUUCCUGGAAAGUUGUGUAUUAUUGAAAAAAAGUAGCUAAUUUGCAGGUUUUGCUGCAUUCCAUUGUGUGGCUUGGUUUAAAACACUUAAUCUUCCAGGAAAUUUAGUCAACCUUUAAAUAUCGCUAGACCUUGCGAUGUAACACUAAAGCAUUUGAUACCCAUUGACACGUUUCUAUAAGUAGAUUACAAAUGUAUGGUGAGGUGUUGACACCUAUUAUGGAUGACUCCAGCUUGUUUUUCUUUUGAAUUUUUUUUAAUACAGGUAGUGUAUCACAGAAGGGUUUAGCAACAUUGUUGUAGCAUGCUAUUUAAAAGUUAAACAUUCGUAGAGCUAGAAAAGAAAAAACAGAUAAGGUCAAACACUUUUGCCUCCUUUCUUAUUUAGAAGAAUUCGUUCUGAGGGUCACUAAGAAAUUAUAUGAGCCUCACAAGUGAAAUAAAAAAAAGAAAAUAAUAUUUGUCCCCAUAAUCGUUUUAGUAUUGCCCAGACUAUAUAAGAAAGUUGAACUGGUUUUCUUUGUUUAGAUUUCAAUGCCAAAAGUGACUUGUUUUAUGACCUGUUUUUUCUAUGUCUAAUAAUGCCGUAACUAUGUGUUUGUUUAUACGAGUCAAUUCUGACAUGCCGUUUUUUCUGCAAAAAAUACCGUAGCAGCAUGACGUUAUACCACCUGAUGCAAAUAACGUGUUUUGAUUUGCUAAAACUAUGGUAAUAUCACAUUGUCGAACGAUGCUGCUCUUGGUCCUCAAAACGAAUAAAAGCACUUUUCAUUUUCAAUCAAAAGCUCUAAAGGGACUGUUACAUGUAGCAAAGUUUUUAAUAGCAAAUAGCAUGCAAGUACUUAUCCAAGUACUUGUACUUGCGCAAGUUUUGUCGAUUUCAAAUAAAUAAAACAAAUGUGAGUUUUUGUGCGCUCAUUUUAAAAAUGGUUUGCGAACAAGAAGACGUUGUUUAAAUUCUGGCGCUACUGCUGGCAGUAAAAGUGAAUACGGGUCAGUGCAAGAAAGAAAGCAACGCGUGCGACUAUGGUUAUUAGAGAGACAAACGAAAGGGGCUUGCAAUAGAAUCCUUUAGUGAUUUAAGAUUAAAAGACGCUGAACAUUUCCGUUAUUAUCACUUUUCUCGGGUGUACAUAUUUUCUACAUCAAAAUCAUUCUACCAAACAAUUCUUCUUAGGUUUCGCUUUCAUUAGGACUCAGGUUUAGGUUUACAACUGCAGAAGGUUUACCUGUGCUAGGCGCUCAUCCUGGUGUUACUCGGAAUUUAUUUUGAACUCCACGGGAACUUAUUCUGCAAAAUCACAAAAAGCCGGCUGAUUGUUUCUUCUAUGACGGGGUAACCAGAGGUUGUUGUAACCUUACGUUCAACGUUGGUAAGGCUUUAUCAGUGUGAGUACUUCAAUGGAUUUGCGACACACUGUAUAUCUGCACCUUAGCGCUCAGCUGGCGUUAAAUACCGGUUCGGACAUUUACUUGUGGCUCAACCCGGCGCGUUCCCUAGCUAGUGCGAUAUAUAUUAGUUAUCGCACAAUUUUAGAGAAAUAUUGGUAUUAUCUUUGAGUUUUUUAUGUAACUGAAAUAUAGAAGGACGUAGAUGCAAUACAGCAAUCACAUAAUGUAAAAAGUAACAAAAACAUGGCAGAACAAAACCAAAAUUACAUGUUAACAUUCACAAAAUUAAAAAUCAUCAAUUAUGCGAUUCAACUUUCAAAAGUAAAAUUUUUAGCUACCAUUUUGAAUUCAACAAUUCAUCCUCUGGACUGAUGUUUGGAAUUCGCACAACAUUUUAAGAAAUUUUUAUUUUCCACCCGAUAGGAAUUGAUAAACCAUAGCCUUUUUUUAUGGGUAUAUCAGAUCAGUGAUCGCCAAUUCUUCUGAAAUAAGGAGGAACAGCAUGGCGGAAGGCAUCUGGGUGCUUCCACUUUGCCCAAGGACAAUCUGGGAUUUCGUCAAAGACGGCUUAUAAUUAUAUUCGCUGCUAACCCCGUAUCCGGAGAGGCCAGGUACCCAGUGGAUGGGAGUUAACUUCGUUACUCGAACAAAUUGAUAAAAAAAACUUUUCCUAACAACGUCUUUCAGAGACACCGCAGCGUGCGAAGAGAAAAAAGUUUGUAGCUUAUCAGUUUUGGUGAAAUUAUCAAGUUAGUACCAUUUGUUUAAUUGAUUUACCGAUGUCUCAUGCAAAACUUAAUAGCAAUAAAAAACGCAAAAAAACGUGAUAAGCAGGUUAAUAUCUCCAGUGUAGUUACCAGGAUUUUUCUGCAUGAAAAAAUAAAAAUCUAAAAAACCCUGGGAAAGGGACUACACUAUGCAAUUUUUGUAUUGUACUGUAAUCCGCAAGUCAGUUAUCUUCAAUGUAACCAGAUUUGUCUUAUAAUUCUUAAUGACAAUUAUAUCGUUAAUAAGCUUUGAUGUUUUAAGUGAUAAAACUUACGAGACAAUGCAUUUUUGUGCGACGCAAUAAACCCAUUACAAUUCCUGCGACAAAAGCAAACUCGUUCCAGCUAGUAAUUCAAUUAGAAAAAAACCUGGGUACAAGUUAUAGCUUAUCUUUGAGGUGAUCGUUUUUAUUUAGCUACUAUAAAAAUCGAAGUUUGUACGAAACUAUCCAGUUGGUUGUUGCAGUUUUUAAAUCUUAAUAUGACAAUAUACGCUUACUUUAUCGCUUGCUUCAUUUUUACAUACCCUGGAGAUGUUCAUUCCAAGGCUUGGCGUGACAAUUAUGUAGACCGCAGGGUUGCUUCUGAUUAUGGGGUAGAGAUUACUAAAGAAAUCCUGGAUAAAAAUCCAGACCUUGCUGGACGAAUUUUGCGAGACAUGCCAGCUUACAAAUUACGUCCAUUAGUUAGACGACUGGCUAGGAGAGAAAUGCAGAAUAUGGCAAGAGAUCCUUGGUUCUUUUCCGGCUAUCAAAAACCAGAAAAUUGUCCUUCAACACCAGAUCCUAAAUGCAAAAUUGUCGCAAAUGGGUGUGGACCACAAUCAUUGUCGAAAAUAGAGGGACCAUUCACAACUGAUUUCGUGGAAGCUUGCAACAAACAUGAUGUCUGUUACAGCUGCUUGAUCAACUAUUCGUGGACUCAAUCCAAAUGCGAUGAAAAGUUUAAAAGCGAUAUGAAUAUGAUAUGUGAUUGUGAUUAUUACAAUAGCGCGCUCACCAAAGCAAGCUGUAGAAUAUGGGCAUCAUUUUAUUAUGGUUUGGUUUCACAAUAUGGUUCAACACACGUGACAACUAAGACAUAUGAUUGGUGCGAGAACAGCUGUGUAAAUGCUAGAUAUAGCCCAUCUGUAUCGCUGUAAAUUUGUUACGCCAAUAUACUAAUUAUACCUGUCGAUGACAGGCGUAGCCAAUAUUUUUUAUAUUGUCAACAACUUUUGUAUUUUGACUAGCUUAUAAUUAAAGCCUGGUUCCUA